CUCACGUUCACACUGGUACCGUUCGGAGUGCUUGGUUACCGCGCUGCCACCGUUACCGUCAACCGAGCAGUGUGUGUCCAGUAUACACGGUGUGCGGCCGGAAGUUUAAAGUGCCUCUCGUUCCGUGUCCUGGACGUGGCGAGAGCAGGCGAAAUCCUGUCGGCGCGGGGGACAUCAUCGGAGAGACGACAACGACGACGGACGUGCAGGUGGAGCGGACUGUAAAAGGGAAAGAUCGGCUGCGUGGUGCGCGACGGAGGAAAAGGAAAAAAAAAAAAAACAAGGAAAGGAGAAGAAGGUGUCAAAGAGCGAAGUGUGUAUGUUUGGAACGGUCGCCGAAAGUUUUCGGUGUACGGUGUCCAGUGUCCAGACGCACGUAUGUAGGAGCAAGGAGUGGCUGCUGCUGCUGGUGGCCGACCGUCCAAGGAAGAGAGAAGAAAGAGAGAAAGGAGAAGAGGAUCGUGCGCGCCUCAUGGCCCUGUUGUUUAUUGGCCCGUCGUGAUCACGAAGAGAAGAGAUCCGAGUGACUGUGUUCUUGUGUUUUGGUGAAAAAUAACGAAGUGGUGAUCGGUGCUCGAUUGUUCUUCUCUACGGUUCAGUGCUACGUGGGGUUUUCUUUUUUGGGGGAGAGGCACGCUCGCUGGAGGAUCGGAAUAGAGGAAAAGAGAACGGCACAGUUCGUGGGGGAGAGAGAAAGCGAGAUAGAGAGAAAGAGAGGGAGAGAGUGUGAGAGUGAGAGGGAAGAAUAGCAAGAUAGAAAUAGAGAUAGAGGUAGAAGAAGAGAGAGAGAGGGAGAGAAAGAGAGAGAGAAAGACAGAGUGAGAAGAAGAAGUAAACUUAUAGAGGAGAAGGAGAAAGGGUGAUUGGAAGACCCGGCUGGCGAUCCGAAUUCGCGGAUUCGACACGCCGCGGUUGCCGAUCCAUAAUAUGGCGUACAAGUUUCGCGAAGAGAUCGUGGGAAAGAGGUUUCUCUCGGUGAGUGGUUUCACCAAGCUAAAGGUGAAUAAGAUUAGUGAGUGGGGGUGGCGUGCGGGGGUAAUUCGUGCUGCCAGUCACAGGGAUAACAGCUGUCAUGAUCUUCAGAUCCUCGUAGAAUACGACGACGUAGAGUGGCAAAGGAGAGAAUGGCUAUCGCCCCACAGGGACGCGGUGUUCUCGUUCUUCUUAGUGGAAAAAGGGCUGUGCUGGGCCGAGCGACCUGAUCCAAGGCAUGCCAGCCUCAUCGCCAUCGAUCACCACAAUCACGCCAAUAAUAACCACCACCAUCACCGUAUCAACGGGAAACUCUUGAGGGGCGCCACAGCUGUAGCGAACACGGUCGCCUGGCCGGCUCUCACGUUUUAUCCCCUGGUGGCGCGUGCAGAGUUACCAGAAGACGCGAUGCCUCUCGAAUUCAUGCAAGAUCGAAGGCUGGACUUCGUCGAUUACUCGAAGCUGAAGCCGUUUACCCAGGACUGGGAGCUUACGAAAGGCUCGGUGCCUUGGGCGAGCGCUGUCAGGCGAUGGGCAGAGAUGCAGGACGGACAAAGGAUCCUGCUCACCACGCCGAGCGUUCUAGUCGGCUUCAGGGUCGAAGUUUAUCGGGCCGAGGGCACCACGCAAUGGUACACUGCCGUCAUCGUUGGUUACAACGAGUCCACCAAGGACCUGACUGUCACCGAUGACACAGUUCUCGAGGACCACAACGAGGACCCGAGCUUAGUACAAAUGCGGUUGAUUGGCGACGGAGUCGUCGAGAGCAUCAUGAGAGGCGAGGUCGUCGGCAUGACACCGAGGAGGUCGAGGUCAUCGACUGCUCUGACGCACGCGCUUGUUGUGCCGAGACCUGGAAGGAGGCCCCGAGGACGUCCUGGAAACGCCACACAGUUGCACACAGCGCCUAGGAUACAAAGCCCUAUUUCUCAGCAUCUCGAGAAAGAGAAGAACUCGGCGCGCAACAGCCGGCGAAGACGGGUGAGCGAGGGUGGCGGGAGCCGCGAGAAGCUAGAGAAGGAAGCGGUAGGCGAGAGCAAUCCAUCCACGCGGCAGGCCGAGGACAGGGAGAAUAAAGGUCCGGCGUCGGGCAGGCCCGGCAAUCGUAUACCACGGACCGUAUUGGAGGAGGCGAACACCGCGUCGAGCAAGCUCCGGAAACGCGGUACCGUGGUGAAGAGCCCGAUCGAGAAUCAAAGGCCCGUAAGACGAAGGCCGAGGCUCGGCGGUUGCCAGGAGACGAAAACAGAGGCGGGGGAGGAGGGGGAGGAGGAGGAGGAGGAGGAGGAAGGGGAGGAGGAGGGAGAGGAGGAGGAGGAGGAGGAGGAGGAUAUCGCCGAGAACUCGGCGGGCAACGUAAAAUCGUCCGAGAAGGAGGAACGGUUAGGCGGUAGAUCCGAGGGGGAGAACCGUGGCGACGGGGGAGAGGGGGAGGAGGACGGGGGAGGAGAGCGUUGUUGCGAUCCCCUGACCAAGAGGCUCAGGACAAGUCCUGUCGGUGGUGGAAGUAGUAGAAAGCUUAGGUCCGAGCGGAAAGGGGGGAAGGGAGGAGGAGGAGGAGGAGGAGGAGGAGGAGGAGGAGGUUGCGACGAGGAGGAGGCCGCGUCCGAUCCCGAGGAAACGGAAGAGGAGGAAAGGAGGGGAGAGGAAGAGGAGGAGGAGGACGAGGAGGAGGACGAGGACGAGGGGAGAGGAGAGGAGAGGAUCGAGAAGAAACUAGAGGAGAACGAGGAGAGCCAGUCGAGGGAGAGGGACAGGGAACCCGAGCCACCACCUCCGAACAAAGUAGAUCCUGGAGGCGAUACCACCUCCUCGAUUGUUCAACAGGGUCAAUUUAACGCGGGUCGGAAGCGUGUUGGCGGCUCGAGGGAAGAGGGGGAGGGGGAGAAGCGGCAGCAGAAUCAGCAGAGGCAGCAGGUGUUGGUGAAUGGAUCGUUGCUCGACUCGUCGUCGUCGUCGUCGUCGUCGGUGGCCGUCGUCGAGAGCAACGUCGUCGAGGGCAGCAGCAGCAGCAACAGCAGCAGCAGCGUCGUCGUCACCGCCUCCUCGCUCCUCGAUCCCGAUGCUUCGACUUCGCUGUUGAAAUCGGCGAGCACCGAGUCGAAGGUUGUAGGCAGCAAGGUAGUAGGGAGAGGAGGAGGAGGAGACGUCCUCGAGGGGGGGGAAGAGGGGGAGAGCGAGGACGGGGACGAGCGCGAGGACGGGGAGGGAUCGGCGGAGGAGCGCGAACGGAGGAGGAGGAGGAGGAGGAGGAGACAGGAUCAUCGGGAGCAGGAAGCGCGGGAAGAGCAGGAGCAGGAAGAGGAGGAAGACUCGCGAAGAACCGAGCUGACUACCGAGCUAGGCACGGAGGAUAGCGUGGGUAGCGUGAGCGGCGCGAGGGCGGCGAGCGUCGAAUCGGUGGUCGAGCUGCUGGAGUCGAGCAGUCAGGACUCAGGCUCCGUGCUGGAGAGGCUGAGUCCGCUUAGUGGCAGCGGCGGCGGCGGCUCUGGCAGGCAGAGCCUGCUCCUGGAGCAGCAACGGGAGCAGGAACGGAAUCGGCACAACGAGAGCCCUGUCAUUCUAGCCGAGAGACUGAACAAGCCGCCACCGCCGGUACCUGGUCACCAUCACCAUCACCUUCAACAAUACCAUCAGCAUCAUCAUCACACGCCCCCCCACCACCACCAUCAACAGCAACGUUACUCGACCGGUAGUCCCGUGAUACAUCACCAUUCUCAGCAACAACAGCAACAACAGCAGCAACAGCAACAGCAACCGUUGCACCAGCAUCAGGUAGCGAACAGCGGCCACCAUCAAGCGCAACACCAGCAACAGUCGCAGCAUCAUCACCAGCUGACCCCUUCGAGCCUCCUCGAGGUGCAACAGCAGUCGCACGCAUCUAGGGGCGGCGAUGAAGCCGGCCUCAUGGAAGUGGAGGCCGGGGCCGGUAUACCUGGAAGCGGUGUGCUCACCGGUGUGCCAGCGGCGGUCGGUAUCCGGGCGGUCGGAGGUGUGGCCGGUAGCGGAGCGGCGAGCGGCGCUUAUGGGGACAGCGGGUCGGACAGCGGGGUAAGCUCGUUGAGGAGCGCCGGGUCCGGGGACGAGAGAAGCGGGAGCAGGAGUUCCGCGCUCAGCGUCGACGAGGCGACCAACUCGUCGACGCCCGCUGCUGCCACCACGCCGGCAAGGGUCUGGCACGUGCAGAGCGUGCAGCACACCUCGUUGCUCAUGGCCCAUCCUCAGCCGCCCCCCACCGCCGGCCCGAGUUCCGCUGCCGCGGCCGCGGCGGCGGCGGCGGCCGCCGCGACCGCUCCACCGGUCGGCUACCAGAGCCCGGCACCUCCACCCGGUCAUCAUCAUCCCGCCGUCGCGUCCGAAAUGCUGUGGAGGUCGCAGAGGUACCCGCCGUUGCCCCACUCGUUGCUCGGACCCGCCCAGCCCACCACCGAGGAGAUCGUCGAGAGGGAGAGGAUACUUCGGGAGCGGCGAGAAGCGGAAGCUCGGCUGGAGAAGCGUGAACGAGAAAGAGAGGCCAAGAUGGAAAGGGAGAGGCUCGAGAAGCAAAGGGCCGCCGAGCAGGCAGUUCACAAACACUUCGAAGAGUCCCUAAGGCUGGCGCAACAAAAGGUGUCUUAUGCUCCGCAGAGAAACAUGCAGUCGACCUCGAUGGCGUGGAACUCGUUCCUCCCGUUGCCGCCGCCAGGAAGCAGAACGCACGCGGCGCCGCAUUCCGGGAUGACGGCGCAUGUGGGCCAUCAUCAUCCGGGGACAGGUGCAGCGGUCACGCAUCCGGUCACUGUCGCUCAGCAACAGCAACGGGAGCGGGAGGAACGGGAGCGGGAGGCGAGGGAGCGGGACGCGAGGGAGCAACGGCAACGCGAAACGGAAAAUCUGGGGAUGAGGGAACACCACCUGGUCGCGGCCGAGAGAUUGCACAGACAGGCCGAGGCCAGAGAUCACGUAGCUGCUCAACAAAGAGCCGCCUAUUACGCAGCCACUGCACCUCCGACUCAACAGGUGUCUCGACCCUCGAGCGUGCCUGGCAAAGUCGAUUACCCACCACCGCCAGCGCACUCGAGAACCUCGAAGUCGUCGCUUCCCGUCAGUAGUCUUCACGAGAAACCACCGCCUGUGGUCGGGCCAUCGCACAGCUCUCUGCCGAAGGUGGAGCCUAACGUUGGCCUGUUCAGUUAUUCGACGUAUCAGCCACAGUCAUCGUAUAUGCACGAUAUCAAAGUGAAGAGCGACGUAGGGCAGCCGCACAAGUCGUUACCGAGCAAGAGUGGUCUAGCCGGGGGCCUCGAGAGGGAUCAUCACGGGCGGGAGGUUCUGCAAAAUCCUCCGUCGUUGUUACCGGAUCACAAGAGUUCGGUGAUAGUGAAGAACGAAGGCCGGGAGCUACCGAAGGUAGCGGCGUCUCAGCAACACUCGUCGAGUCCGAAAAUUAUGCCGUAUUUGAACGUGCAAUCCGUUCCACCUCAACACAAACCGUACGAGUACAGGAGUCCAACGCAGAGUCCCCACCAUCUACACCAUUUGGACGGUCUACAGACCGCUAAGAGCAUACCUCAAAGUCAUCACAGAAGCAGUAGCGGGUCCACGACCACGACGCAGUUACCCAGCCCUCACGGGCAUCCACCGCAUUCGCACAAUCGACAGUCACCGCACGCCCAGCAUCCUCAUCAGCCACCGCAUCCAUCGCCGCCCGAGCCGCGUUAUCUUACCAGGCCGGAACCGGGCCUACCCUACGCUACUGCCAAGUCCUCGUAUCCGUAUCCGCAUCCGCAUCCGCCCACGGCAUCGCCGACCUCGCAUUACGCCACACCGGCUGGCUCCAAGCCAAAAGUCAGUAGUCCAGCGCCGCCCCACAUCUACGGAAAACCGAAUUCCGGUAUCAUGACCGGGACCCCGGUCUGCAGGGCAUCCGAACCGGCGGUCGCGGCCCCGAUACCGCUCACCUCGAAGGCCGGUAGCUCGCCUUACCAGCAAGUGCCUCACCACCACGGGGCCCCGCCUCCACCUCUGCCGCCACCCGCGCAUAGCAGGUCCAUCUACGAUUCCAGGGGAUACACAAGCUCGAUGCCGGCCGCUAAACUACCGCCGCCCCCUCUUCACGGCUCCCCCCCGACCGCCGCGUCGGCUCCGCUCUCCAGGCCCAUAGCGCAUCCCGCCCAUCACACAAGUCCCCACCAACAACCCGGCCAGACGGUGCAGCACGCGCAGCCACAGUUAAACGCGUCCUUCCAAACGCAACCGCUCGAUCUUGGUAUCGAGAGAUCCGGAUCACCGAAGAGAAAAGCACCAACUCCCUCGUUGACCGAGAAUUCUGGCCAACCGGUUUCUCUGGAGGUCUGCAAGAAACGCAGGACAGAGGAACCGCAGCCGUUGUCGCUUCAAUGCGUCGGCCCACCUGUACUCUCGAGAGCGAGCGAGCCGAGCCCGUUGAUCGCCUCGGCCGCCACUUCGAUCACGACCGUGGUUAAUACCACGGUGGCUCUGUUGGCCCAGUCCAAUACGCAAACGACGCAGGAACGCACCGUGACCGCAGUCAGUCCGACGCCUCGAACAGCGAGCGGAGACGGAUCCGUGAGACCAGCUAGUACGGGAAGCGUUAGCUCUUUGAAUCCAACGGUUAGCGCAGCUCCUAGCCCGGCACCUAUACCCAGUCCAGCGCCCUCUACGGCGCCAAGUCCGGCGCCCAGCGCUCCCGGCACUCCAGCCAAAGCUAACCCCAGCACGGUCGACAGCGAGAAAUCGAACAGUCCUGCUCCCAGACCACCGAGCAGCACCAGUUAUCCGGUUCACAAAUUAAAGAAGGCCUGGUUGCAAAGGCAUUCGGGCGAGGAUGGGACGGAAGACACGACUGGAGUUGUAGGUAGCGGAUCUUGCGUCACUUUACCUAUGAAUAUCUCCCAAGCACCGUCGCAGUCGUUGAACAACAAAGAACGCGACACCUCGAACGUUUCCGGCAAUACGACCACCACCUGUUUGCCCAGCGCCGUCAAUUCCAUUCACAAUAUCGGUAGCAUGGCGGUGAACAGCAUCAAUAAGAGCAAAGUUACCGCGAAAAGCAGCCGUAAAUCGGCGAACAAAGAAUCGUUGAACGGGCAUGCGACAGACACGAAAACGUUACAAGAAGAUUCUUCUAGCAGCGACCCGGAACGGAAGUCGCCGCCCAAAAGGAAGCCACCCAAGGUAAAACGAAAGAAGGGCGCAGCACGGAGGCAGCAAACGACCGCGGAAGAUCAGCGGAGGCGAAAGGAAGAUAAACAAGGCGGAGGAGCUGGUGUAGGCAGUGAAUCUAGUAACGAGAGCGAAGCUGGUUCUGCCAGUGAUACAAGUGAACAGUUGGGUUCCAUUCAACCUACAUCGAGGGUGCGACAUACCACGGCCAAUUCCAACAAUUCCUCGGGAAACGGAAAUAAUAAGGAACCCAGGAAACGAGGUAGAAGACCAAAGACUACGAAAGGUAACGAACUAGGUGGAGAAGAUCAGCAACCUCGUCAAAAGAAAGAACGUAGAGACGAUAGUGCGAGCGGUGGUAACAGUGGACCAGGUGGAAGUGGUGGUAGAGGUGAUCCCUUUCGUAGACCGCCGAUAUCGCAAUUGAAAAAAACUGGUGAUAGUUGGCUGCAAGACGGCGCUUGUUUCGAAGUAGCUCCAAAGUUGGCUAAAUGUCGUGAGUGCAGAUGGACACCGCACCAGCGCUCCAAAAAUCUUCCUCAAAAUAUUUUCUGCAGAUUUUAUGCAUUCCGUAGAUUACGGUACACGAAAAACGGACAAUUGGCGAUAGCAGGAUUUAGCGAUCCUCACAAAGAUGCAUCUGAGGUAGAUCUUCGGUUAUGGUUACCAGGAAAAGAAAGUUCGGAUAGCAAGAAGGACGAAAAGCCUGACAAGAACGACAAAGAGAAGGGAGACAAAGAAGAUCUAGAUUUGGAAAUGGCUCACAGAUUACUUCGUCAAGUUGGAGAUCAAUUUUGUGAUCUUUUGCAUCAAGAAAAGGACGCUCUUCAACAACACAUGGCAGAAGCAAGUUCGGGACUUGUAGACGGAACAGUCGCUUGGAAGAGAGUGGUCCAAGGUGUCCGAGAGAUGUGCGACGUCUGUGAAACGACCUUGUUCAAUUACCAUUGGGCUUGCGGAAAAUGUGGCUUCGUCGUGUGCAUCGAUUGUUAUAAAGGACGCAAGAAUGGGACGAUCAAGAUAUGGGGAGAAAGCGGAAAGGAUAGAGACGAUUUUUCAUGGCUUUUAUGUACAAAUAGACAAGUGCACGAACCCGAGCGACUCAUGCUUACACAAAUUAUUGCUGGUGACAGCCUGAUACGUCUUGGCCAACGAUUGCACGAAUGCCGUGCAGAAUGGGGAAUACCCCAACAUUGUGGUUGUUCACUGGUCGUUCAAACUCCUGCCAACGAAUAUUUGCGAAACAUGAUAAAAGGCGACUCGGUGCCCGUUUUGAAUGGUAACGUUAAGCAGGAAAUUAAGGAAGAAAAAAAAGUAAAUGAAUCGAAUGGAUCAUCGGAGAGUAAAACGAAUGGUGAAGAUAAAAAUUCUCCGUUAAACUGGCUGGCAGAUGUAGCUUUACAGAAUCAGGAUAAAAACGAAAGUACUUCUAGUUCAGAUUCCGAUGAAGAUCGGGAUGGCAAUUAUUCGACCCUGAGAGAAUUGCUUAUCCGACCGUCCCACAAAUCAAAUGGUAGUGGUUCUAGAUCAAAUUCGCCGACGAACAAUUCCGGUAAUGUUAACGUUACCUCCGGAAACAAUGCGCAGAACAACGUGGCAAAGUCUGGGAAAAAGUCGAAGAUGGACACAUUGGACGAAGUGAUAUCUAGCGUUAUAGAGCACAGUGUGAAAAAGGAGAGAGAAGAUGAGCUGGACGAUGAGAAGCCGAGAGAACUUAAGCAUUUCGUCAGAAGAUACAAAUGGACGCAGAAGGGAAGGGAACCGUUGCCCAUCCGGAUCAUGACACUUACCGAAAGCAAGAGUCUUUACCCAGACGUACCACAUUCUUGGCUCUGUGAUGGAAAAUUGCUCAGGUUAAACGAUCCGAACAAUCCUAACAAUUACAGAAUAUUUCAAGAUCAAUGGAAACGUGGACAACCGGUUAUCGUGUCAGAUGUUGCAAAGUUAUUGGACAUGAGCCUCUGGCAUCCAGACUCAUUCGCCAGAGAUUUUGGCGAUGAGAAGAACGAUUUGAUAAAUUGCAUGACUGGAAAUCUGGUACCAAAUCAACCUAUGCGUAAAUUCUGGGAAGGAUUUGAACAUUUCUCGAAAAGAUUGAAAGACGAGAGAGGAAAUCCGAUGUUGUUAAAAUUAAAGGACUGGCCUCCUGGUGAAGAUUUUGCGGAAUUGUUACCAUCGAGAUUCGCGGAUUUGAUGAAAGUUUUGCCGUUGUCGGAGUAUACACAUCGAAACGGAAGACUGAACUUGGCAAGUCGUUUACCCGACUGUUUCGUGAGACCAGAUUUAGGGCCCAAAAUGUACAAUGCUUAUGGAUCGGCUCUUCAUCCAAACAAAGGCACCACUAAUCUCCACCUAGAUAUUUCUGAUGCAGUUAAUGUUAUGGUUUAUGUGGGUAUACCAAAAGACGCCGAUAACGACGAACACGUCAAAGAAGCAUUACGAGCAAUAGAUGAGGCCGGCUGUGACGUCUUGACACGCCGACGUGUUCGCGAACGGGGAGAGGCACCGGGUGCGUUGUGGCAUAUUUAUGCAGCUCGAGAUGCUGAUAAAAUCAGAGAUCUGUUGAACGCUGUUGCUUUGGAGCGUGGGGCUCGUUUGGAGCCACAUCACGAUCCAAUCCAUGAUCAAAGUUGUUAUCUCGAUGGACCUUUGCGAGAACGAUUGUAUCGCGAAUACGGCGUCGAAGGAUAUGCUAUUGUACAGUGCCUAGGCGAUGCAGUAUUCGUUCCAGCUGGUGCGCCACAUCAAGUCCGUAAUCUUCACAAUUGUAUAAAGGUAGCCGAGGAUUUCGUAUCUCCAGAAAAUGUGUCGCAUUGCUUCCAUCUAACGCAAGAGUUCCGUGCAUUAUCCGACACGCACACGAAUCACGAAGACAAAUUGCAGAUUAAGAAUAUAAUAUACCAUGCCGUGAAAGAUUCUUUGGCCGUAUUGAGCAACGUGAAGGAAGAAACUCUUAACAAGUUAAAGUCGAAUAACGAGAUAAAAAAGGAGGAGACGUAGCCCUAGGCCCCCUGUCGCGGUCGCAAGAGCCGUUGAUCUUUCUUUGACUAAAAAAGUCUCGCUAUAUCAGUGAGUGCCCAAUCUGUUACCUGGUCGUAUAUCGCUUUCCCGAACAUAGCAUACGUCGGGAUCGAUUCGAGACGACAGGAGGAUUUAAUCUUAAGAUUCGCUCCGGAACCUGUAUCGAGGUGCAAGAAUUUGUUGUGAUAUUUGACGAGUAACUCGAAACGUUUGAUUUUUGGUAUUGGCUGAGCCAAUGAGAUUAUCCGUUGUUUCAUUUGAAUUUCCUUUUGCGUAUAGUUUUCUUUCUCUCGAGCAACGUGCUUGCGGACAUGAAGUCUGCGAGUUUUUUUUUUUUUUUUUUUUUCUUCAUUGAAGUAUGGAGUUGUUGACGCUAACGCGCACUGCGUCCAUUAUCAUUGUGAUACCAGGAGGAGAACUUUGGAUCAUACAUUAUUUGUAAUUACUUAUAUCGUGCCUGUAUUCAAUACAUACUGUCUAUAUUAUAUAAAUGUAGAUAAUGGAUUACUGUGUAAUGAAUUCUUACUAGCAACUAUCGAAAGGAUCGUCUAGAGGUACCUUUGUGCAAUUAGAUGUCGAUUAUAAAUUGUUAGUUGGAUCAGUGAUACUUGUCGAUCCGCGUUACGUGCUCUCGUGAUCUGGUGCUUUUUUGGUAUCGAUUUAAAUAAAAGCAAAACAAGCCGUUUGCUAAAUGGCCGAUAUAUAUUUCUUGCUAAGUUCUUGUGUUCAGCGCGGCAAUGAGCAUAAGAGGAAAACACUGCCUAUGCUGUUCACAUCAGUCCAGUUUAACGGAUAAGGUGACUGGAUAAUUUGCGCGUAAAGUACAUUAAUGCGAUAUACGUGAUAACCGCAGUUCGGCUUCCUCGAAUAUAUACGUUUCUUCUUCGAUUUGUCUUUCUUCUUUGAAAAAUAUAUCGGCUAUAUCGAGCAAAGUUUGUUCGAAGGUUUGUAUGAUCAUCGUCGUUUAAAUUACGGCAUCAGAACAAAAAUAACAAUAGUUGUAAACAAAUCUUUCGAUAUUAUCUUCAUGGGAUAAAAGAUCGAUAAGAAUAGAUUAUUAAAUCUAUUGAAUUUAAUGUUUUUUAUAGAUUGGAUUAACGUUGUGUGGCCCAGUGAUAACCCAGUAAGAGUAAUGAGUAAGAGAAAAACAAAGUAAAAGACAGAAAAAUGAAAAGAAUAGAAAAAAAAAAAAAAAAAAAAAAGAAAAAAAAUAAGAAACUGUUAUUUUUGUCGAAUCACGCGAACCGUCUAUCCAAUAGAGCAGCAGCGAUAUUCUAAUUGUAUUUGUAAUUAAUAUCGAUAAUUAUGGUUAAACAUUAUUUAAUGCAAAGUAAAAGCUGUAACGAUUUUUGAAGUGCCAAUGUUGAACGACGUGGACAUUUUCGCGUGUUUACACGUUUGUGUAUAGGUAGACAAGAAAAAAAAAAAAAAAAAAAUAAAGAAAAGAGAUGGACGAAAGAACACAGAUUAGUCAUGCAGAAUUCAUAGAUGAGAGGCCGAGUUCCUAUCAUUUAACUUUCCUCAUAUAGAACAAACCGCUGCUUUUCACGGUAUGUUGCGCGAUGUCUGAAUUCUUGAAAGCCAUUACCGUCCUCGUCCAUUGUAUGUUUCACAAUGACGUUUCUCACAUAUUCACAACUGAAAAAUACCAUCAUAGUUGUAUGUUUAUGAGCCAUGUCAUAAUUUCAAUGAUAAACGAAAAAAAAAAAAAAAAACAGGAAAAGAAAGAAAAAGAAUAAAGUAGAAAAAGAGAGAAGAGGAAGGCAACAGCUUUCGAGGACAGACGCAUGCAAUUUAGCGUUUCGCGCCCUUGGUGCGCUUAUCGAUUGUCUGAUAUUCACUACGGCUGGUAAUCUUGAGACCGAUAUGUAAGCAACAAACGAAGAACAAGGAAAAACAAAUCACUGGAAUCCUGAAAUCCGCAAUUUCUUUGAUCUCAACAUUCGUCUAGCAUACAACGACUUGAUUAAAAUAAUAUUUAACGAGUAAAUUUUUAAAUAUCUUAGUGUCGAUAAGUAACGUUAAUAUUACGGAAAUUAUAACAAAAAAAAAAAAAAAUACCCUUAUUAUUCACAAACGACGAUAAUGGUAAUGAUAAUUGAUGAUACCGACGAUGUAUAAAGUUAUAGAGAAAAAAAAAAAAAACAUACUCUGUGUAUUAUUGCUGCAACAAAGCUAUUAUUCGUUCUCUUGCUACGUGUAUGUAAAUACAUUUAUACAUACUUAUAUGUAUACAUAUACAUAUAUAAAUACGAAAAAAAUUAGACUUAAGAAAUACACACUCCAUGAAUAUGGAUAAAAAAAAUACACUUUACAGACGUAGGUAGAUAGUUUAUUAUACCAUUAUUAUUAUUAUUAUUAUUAAUUAUUAUGAUUAUGAUUAUCAUUAUUACGAUUAAUUAUUACGAAAAAUACCGAUAUUUAAAUGUUGCUAAUACGUGGCGAAAAAAACACGACUACGAGCGUCUAGUGUAUAAAUGAGAAUUAUUCGACAGAUUGUUUGUGUGUUAUAUGAAUGCGUGUAUGUUUUUUUGAGCGAAAUUUCGGAAGAAUGCUCGAGAGAGUGAGCGAGAGAGAGAGAGAAAGAAGAAGGGGCCGUGUAUUGGGGGCGGAGUGGAAUGGAUGAGACAAUUGUACAGCCCUUUAAACUCCUAUAAAAUAUCCACCCCCAAAGUCCUACACUACCCCACCACCGGUCGCCCCCAGUCAUAGCAAUUAUGAACCGCGGGCCGGCAGGUCUGAGUAUAAUUUUUUGUACUGUGUAAAUGUAAGAACAUACGUUUGAAUAAGAAAAAUGUUUAUAUUACAAAAAAAAACAGUGCGUAUAUUUAUUGGUUAUAUUUUACUUCCCGUGUUAUUAAUCAAAUCUAUCAGUAUGUGGCUUCGUUUUUCCAAGUUUGAAUAAACGUUUGAAACUUAA